CAUUGUUUAUUUUCCUCUGCUUCAAACGUCACCUAAGUUUUUGCCAUGCCAUUUUCUUACAUCUGAAUUUUAAGUCACCUAUCCAUAUAAUUUUUCUAUCUUGCUCACUGUUUUUAUGGCAAACGUACACGAGGUACGUACUAGAAUGUCUGGUUCACUUCGCGCAGGUAAUCGAGGUAACGUCCAAAUACCAAUUGGUUCUGUCUUGAAUAAAACCAGUUUUGUGAUCGCAUCGAUGCAUUGAGUAUCCCAUUGCACUCCUUGGCAACAAAAAACGAUCCUGCAGGUGCUGUGAAAAAAUAGCACAAAUUCAGACCAAAGAUGGUGUAGAAACAAGCUCUGUGUUAUUUUGAAUCAUUUUUUUGAAGAGGUAUGGUAUAUUGUUGCUCAUAUUUAUGCUAUAGCAAGAAGCUUUAGGCGGUAAAAUGGCGACAACAACUCCAGCCGCGACAGCCAUUUCGAGUGCCAAAACGAAGGCAGCUCCCCAGGCGGCCCCUGAACCUGAGCCUGACACUAGCAAGAAAAUGCUUGACCAAAAGAUGGAGAACAGGCUGAACAUCAGAGACCUGGAGCAAGUACAGGACAUUUUCAUGGCUGAUGGAGAUGGCUAUGACAAUAGACUGAGUCUCAACAGGGAACAAUUUUGUGAAGCUCUUUCCAGACUGCUCACAAAAGGAAGCAGACAAGAUUAUGCAGAACUUUUUGACAAGAUUGAUGUUACAAAGGAAGGUCAGGUAGACUGGGAUAAGUUUGCUUCACACAUGUUGCUGGAGUUCUAUGAGAAAGAUGACAGAGUGAAGUCUACACAAGUACCUCAGUGGAAGGAUUUAAAAACUCUACCAAGCCCACAUAAGGAGACAAUACAGAAGAUUGCAUACCUGAAGAAUAUUAACAGAUACAUUGCAAUUAGUAAGGAGGGCUGUGUUUCUAUGUGGGAUCCAAGCCUGAAGCUGCAGAGAACCAUCAAGACUGGCACUGAAUCCUGCAGGCAGAGAGAUCUGUGGAUGUCCCAUUUUGUACCCCUGCAAAACAUCAAUAAAAUUGCUCUUGCCUUUACCAGCAAAGAGAUAGCAUUCUAUGACAUGAGUUCCAACAAACUAGAGUUCAAUUGCCAGUACAAAGUACAGGGGCUGGAGCAUACCCCUCUCUGCCUGGAUUACUGGUUUAACCCUAAAAAUACCAAUGAGGCUGUCAUAGUGUGGGGAGAUGUGGGUGGUUGCGUCAAUGCUCUUCUCUUCAGCACAGCCAACAUUGCCCUGUUCGAGAGACCCACUGCUCCUGCUGGGGAGAAGCAAGAGACCACUCUCAAUAUCCAACUCAAAGAAAUCUCCAGGACAAUAGAUAACAGAGAGAAAGCCAAGUAUAAAAAUGCCAGAUAUAUCAGGCACCAUGGGCACUCAGAGUGGGUUAGACAAGUUAAGUAUGCUCCCAACCUGGAUGCUUUCAUCAGCGUGUCUACCAGUAAUGCAAGGGCCAUUGUGAUUGGUUGGAUAGAGAAGGGGGAUUCGUUACGUGCCAUGAAAACGACUGCCUUCCACAUCUCCCAGGGAGUUAAUGGGCUCGACUACCAUGAGGGACUCAAUCUCAUAGCCACUGCUGGAGUGAACCACCAGGUGUGCUUGUGGAACCCAUAUGUUGUCUCCAAACCAAACGGGGUACUAAGAGGCCACAUGGCCAGUGUUAUCCAGGUCCAGUUCAACACCACCCGUGGCCAGCUGAUCAGUUUCUCCAAGGAUAAAGUCCUGAGGAUAUGGGAUGUCCAGCUCCAGGUGUGCAUACAGAGGCUGGCUGGCAUGUUCCCCAAAGGACCAGAAGUGUAUAGUGUUCUGUAUUUGGAUGAGAUCAGGAACAGACUGUUCAUCACAUUUAACUAUCAGCUGACUCUGAUGGAAAUGAAGGCAGAGGUGAAAAAUAGGAUCCUGAGUCAUGAGAAACCAAUCUGUAGUGUCAUCUACAACUCUCUCUACAAUCAGGUGAUCAGUUCCUGUCAGGCAGGCACUGUGGUGGUCUGGAUGAUAGACACGGGACAGAAAGUAAAGCAGUUCACUAACACACAUGGCACCAACGAGGUGACAGCACUGGCGCUGGACCAGAGUGAGACCAGAUUGUACACUGGGAGCACAGACGGCACAGUCAAGAUCUGGGACUUCAAUGGUCAUUGUUACCACACACUGGACUGUAGUGAGGGUCAUCCAGCAGAUAUUGGUCAGAUUAUAGUGCUGAAGAGAAAUGUUCUUGUGGUGGGAUGGGCCAGGCAUAUUACAAUCUUCCGUCAAAACAACCUGAAAGACUUCCACGUGUUGCCCUCGGAUUGGAAAGGAGGCCAGGAACAUCAAGAUGACAUACUAACAGCAUGCUUCAGUCCCCCUAACAGAGCGGCCACAGCUUCAUAUGAUGGUGAGAUAGUCAUCUGGAACAUGAAUUCUGAGCAUGCCUCCAAGCACCUCAACCAGCGAGCCAAGAAAGUGACCAACAAAAACAGGAGGUCCACUUUAAUACCAAGUAGAGCAAGCAGAGAGCUGACUAGGGAAGGCACCUUUGAAAGUGUGAGCCCAACUCGCAACCCACCCACACCAAGGAAUGCAACGACACCUCGCAAUGCACCUACCCCUGGCACGGCACCUACACCAUUAUCACGUGCAUCUCCGCAACGAACCAAAUCUCGCAUGAGUGUGGCAGCAAUCAGCGAGGAUCAGACUGGUUACGAGUACGCAGUGACCAGGGUUCUCUUCCUGGAAGCUAGGAAGACUCACUCGGCGUCAGGGACAGCAAAUCUGGUGUCUUGCGGUGGAAAUGGCUGGGUCAGGUUCUGGAACACUUCUACAAGUGCUGGUACUCUCAUGGGGGAGUUUGUCUCCCAUCCACAAGCUGCCAGUGUGAUCAUGGCUACAGACCAGCACAACCAGUACUUGGUGACAGGUGACGUGGAUGGCAACAUGAAGGUGUGGAAUAUCUCAGAGUAUUGUAUCAGACAGGCUGAUGAUGUGGUUACUAAUCAACCACCUAUGACAGCAUCAUGGCAGCCUCACGUAGACGUCAUCACCAGUCUCGUGAUGUGUGAGAGGAAUGAGCGCCUCCUGGUGGUGUCUGCCUCCAUGGACUGUAGUGUACAGCUCUGGGACAUAUACGGCAACUUGAUUGGAGUGUUUGGACAGGAGGAUCACUGGAAAAUAGAGCCAUAUGUUCCAAAGAUGGAAGUAGACGAGGAAACCAAAGAGGAAGAAGAAGAGUUUGCUGACACUGACAUGAUAGAACCAGAUGCAGACAGCCAUUGGGAGCCUGAAGAAUCUGCAACUGACCAACCAGAAAGCUACAGGUUUAACACAUGGGAUAAAACAUGCCUAGGUAAAACAUACCAGGAGACCAGGACUCACAAACGAGAGCGCAGGCAACCCAAGGUGAUGCCUAACCUGCCAUAUCUACACUGGGAGAGGACAGGGGAUCCACCAGCAGGACCGUUUGCUGCACUGGAAAUGAAUGAGCUGCAGGAACUCAAUAAGAUAGACAAGCCAGACUUCAUUGCUCAUCCACACAAGUAUUUCUCUGAGAGAUCCAACAAUGAGGAACAGUCUGUAAAGUUACCAGCUUUAGCUGAAAGUUUGAAGACUCCAUUUGAUGAGAAAACUCUGUUCUACAAAGCCAAGUAUAUCUUGGAUUAUGAGACCAGGAUGAAACAAUACCACAAGACAGUUCUAGAAGGAGGAGGGAAAAAACAGAAGUUAGGAGGAGGGAAAAUUGCCAUUCCUACACUUCCAAACCAGAGCCAGGCCCCUCCAAGCAGGGCCCCUGCUAAACCACAGAAACUAAAGCCAAUUCAACAGUCCAGGGGCAGCUCCCAGAGCUAA